GUCCUCCUAGUUUGAAGCUGGGAUCCCCAGCUGCUGGUUUUAAACACAAUCUUCCUGCGUUGUCACUCCAGUGGUCACUUUUUCCCCCCGCCUGUGAGCGCGGCGGAACUUGACGUUUCCGCGCCGAGAAGUGACAACUUUGUGUAGCUGCUGGCAUCUGACGGCAGAGGAGACGUCCUGUCAGCCCAAAUGACUCUUGAUGCUCAUGGCUGCCCUGAAAUCGGAACUCCUUAAUGGACCUCGGGUCCUCAUUUUUAGCAUUGUAGCAUGCGUCCUAAAACUGGAAUGCAACAGCAAGUGUAGUCAAAACCAAACAAGCCUCAUGUUUGAAGCCUUUUGCACUGUUUAGGGCUCAGUGGCGAUUACUAAACAGUUCAUAUAAGCACAUAUGUCCUGGAAAAUCAGUGUUUUCGGUUUUCUAAUCAUCCUACAUGGAUUGUGUAGAAAUUCCAGCCAUAGUGACACAUCCUUGUAGCUGCGAUGGCCACUACUUCCCCUCUAGACAAGGAUCAGCCCCUCCUGCAGCUCCAGGAAGUGGACUCUAGUCGUGUGGUCUGUAAUAUCCUAUCCCCCAUUCUCAGCGCCUCCUCCCCUGGUCUGUCCCUCGAAACCAGCCAGCCCAUCUGUAUCCCCUCCCCUUACACCGACCUCAGCCAUGACUAUACCACCAUCCCUUUCUACAGUCCAACUAUCUUCUACGCCAGACCGGGUCUUUCAGACUGCUCCUCUGUGCACCAGUCCCUAAGGCCCUCCUUAUUCUGGCCGGGCCAUGGCCACGUGGGCCCACCGGGACCGCUGCACCCCUCCCAGGUACGGCCUCAGCACAGCCAGCCGGUGCAGAGUCCAUGGGUGGAGCUGUCCCCUCGGGACAGGGACUUGACUACCAGCAAGAGGAGGAGUUCCCAUGACAGCGAGGAUGUUGUGGGGUCGUCAGGUGGAAAAGCAGACCUUCACUUCUGUGCUGUUUGCCAUGACUAUGCGUCUGGCUACCAUUAUGGCGUGUGGUCCUGUGAAGGGUGUAAGGCCUUCUUCAAAAGGAGCAUACAAGGGCACAAUGACUACAUCUGCCCAGCAACCAAUCAGUGCACCAUAGACAAAAACCGGCGCAAGAGCUGCCAGGCGUGUCGCCUUCGUAAAUGCUAUGAAGCUGGCAUGACCAAAUGUGGGAUGCGUAAGGAGCGUGGGAGCUACAGGAACCAACAGAGGAGGCGAGUGAGUGCUCUUUCGUCACAAAGCAGGACUCACGAAGAAAAGGUGUUAGUUCAACCAGUGGCAGGUGUCAUGAUUGAGCUCCACCCCCCUGCGCUGACCCCAGAGCAGCUCAUAGGACGGAUAAUGGAGGCGGAGCCACCUGAGAUAUACCUGAUGAAGGAUAUGAAGAGGCCGCUGACAGAAGCCAACGUCAUGAUGUCUUUGACCAACCUUGCUGAUAAGGAACUGGUUCAUAUGAUCAGCUGGGCCAAGAAGAUCCCAGGGUUUCUGGAACUGGGACUGCUAGACCAGGUGCACCUGUUAGAGUGCUGCUGGCUGGAGGUGCUGAUGAUAGGACUGAUGUGGAGGUCCGUCAACCACCCAGGAAAACUUAUCUUUUCACCAGACCUCAGCCUGAGCAGAGAAGAGGGCAACUGUGUACAGGGCUUUGCGGAGAUCUUUGACAUGCUCGUCGCCGCCACGUCCAGGGUGAGGGAGCUCAAGCUACAGAGAGAGGAGUAUGUCUGCCUCAAGGCCAUGAUCCUCCUUAACUCCAACAUGUGCCUCGCCUCUUCGGAGAACGGAGACGAGCUGCAGAGUCGCUCCAAGCUGCUGCGUCUUCUGGACGCCGUCACGGACGCGCUGGUGUGGGCCAUCGCCAAAACCGGCCUCACCUUCCGCCAGCAGUACACCCGCUUGGCGCACCUGCUCAUGCUGCUCUCGCACAUCCGCCACGUCAGCAACAAGGGCAUGGACCAUCUCCACUGCAUGAAGAUGAAGAACAUGGUGCCUUUGUACGACCUGCUGCUGGAGAUGUUGGAUGCUCACAUCAUGCACAGCUCCCGACUCCCCAACAGGAGCCAGCAGGAUCAUCACGAGGCCUCAGACCAGAAGGAGGUUCCCGCCAAGCCGCAAGGCUCCUGCAGCGCCUCGUCGAAAGAAAGUGAUCCCCAGUAGCCGGUAGACCACGUUUUUGAUUUAAGCACGUCUUUAAUGGAAACGCUCAAACUAUUCUCUUGCACAAAUGGUUUUUCAAUCAUCCAACAACUAAAUUCAGUCCACUUCAGAUAACUCUUUAGUUGGCCUGAAAUAUUCAUCAACACAAACACAGUAGUCCCUCCUUUAGAAAUCCUAUUUUGUUAUAGUUAAAACAAAAAAAAACUGUUUACAAACUUCAAAAUACUCGUUAAAGGCCUACUGAAAUGAGAUGUUAUUUAAACGGGGAUAGCAGGUCCAUUCUAUGUGUCAUACUUGAUCAUUUCGCGAUAUUGCCAUAUUUUUCCUGAAAGGAUUUAGUAGAGAACAUCCACGAUAAAGUUCGCAACUUUUGGUUGCUAGUAAAAAAGCCUUGCCUUUACCGGAAGUAGCAGACGAUGUGCGCGUGACGUCACAGAUGUGAGGGCUCCUCACAUCCUCACAUUGUUUAUAAUGUGAGCCACCAGCAGUAAGAGCAAUUCGGACCGAGAAAGCGACAAUUUCCCCAUUAAUUUGAGCGAGGAUGAAAGAUUUGUGGAUGAUGAUAUUGAUAGCGAAGGACUAGAGAAAAAAAAAAAAAAAUAAAUAGAUAAAAUAAAAAGUGACGGCUUAGGGCGCCGGCAGUGUGAGCGUUUCAGAUGUAAUUAGACAAAUUUACUAGGAUAAUUCUGGAAGAUCCCUUAUCUGCUUAUUGUUUUAAUAGUGUUUUAGUGAGAUUGUAAAGACAUACCUCGAGGUCGGAUGGCUGCGGUGAACACGCAGUGUCUCAGAGAGAAUCCAAGGAGCCAAGCUCACAGUUGCCUUUUCUGACAGCUACUGCAGGACGAUGCAUAAUCCCCUGAUGUCUCCGGUAAGAUAUAUAUAUCACAAUUUUCCCAUCCAAAAACAUGCUGGUUGACGUAGAGAAACAUGUUCGCUUGACCGCUCUGUGUUAAAGGUUCACAACAAACAAAAAAACACCGGCUGUGUCUCGGUGCUAAAGACAGCUGCAAUCCACCGCUUUCCACCAACAGAAUUGUUUUUUAUAGUCUUCUUUAAUAAUUGAACAAAUUGCAAAAGAUUCAGUAACACAGAUGUCCAAAUUACUGUGUAAUAACGUCCCAAACACGCGUCAUCAUUCUGCGACGUUUUCAACAGGAAACUCCGCGGGAAAUUUAAAAUUGCAAUUUAGUAAACUAAAAAGGCCGUAUUGGCAUGUGUUGCAAUGUUAAUAUUUCAUCAUUGAUGUAUAAACUAUCAGACUGCGUGGUCGGUAGUAGUGGGUUUCAGUAGGCCUUUAACGUUAUUAAAAUAACACCCAUGUGUGUUAAAAUACUUCACCACAUCCUGUGUAGGUCCUCGUGGUCGGAAGUUCCAUGUGCGAAAAACGCGAGUGUGUUGUUCCGACCAAAGGUGUCAACUUGAUUGCCGCGGCGAAGUUAGCGGCAUUAGCCGUGUUGUUAGCGUUGAGCGACACAAGUCUCGUCCCAUUAUUCCCGCUGCUUUUACUUUCCACUCAACAUGACAAACGGGCAUGUAAACGAUGGCAAAAGUCAGCUAACAAUAGAGCUCGAGAAAGUGGUCUAAAAAUGUUCAAAAACCUCCAUUUUCGUUGUAUGUAUGUUGUAAACAGCUGUUCAUUUAAUUUGGAUUUUUUUUGUUUUGUUUUUCAAAUCGGAGCAGGUAAACGUAAGAUGAUCAGUAAUCAAAGCACGUUGACUAAGACAAUAAAGUGACAUGUUAGUCGAAGUCUAAAUACAAUGCUAAAAUGUUGGCAGUAAUUCAUUUAAUGUUGUCUUGUCGAUGGGUGGGACAAGUUUAGAAUAUAUCCAAUCACAGCUUUUUAAUGGCAUACAUUGAAAGAGGGGUGGGGUUUAGUGAUCAACGAGAGCCAAUCAGAUACUUUUCCUUGCAAGAUUAGAAAGUCAGCGCCAAAACCAAAAUGUGUUGAUUUAAAGGCCUACUGAAAUGAGAUUUUCUUAUUUGAACGGGGAUAGCAGUGCAUUCUAUGUGUCAUACUUGAUCAUUUCACGAUAUUGCCAUAUUUUUGCUGAAAGGAUUUAGUAGAGAACUCGACGAUAAAGUUCACAACUUUUGGUGCUGAUAAAAAAGCCUUGCCUGUACAGGGAAGUAGCGGACGAUUUGCGCGUGACGUCACUGGUUCUAGGGCUCCUUACAUCCUCACAUUGUUUAAAAUCAAGGCCACCAGCAGCAAGAGCGAUUCGAACCGAGAAAGCGACGAUUUCCCCAUUAAUUUGAGCGAGGAUGAAAGAUUUGUGGAUGAGGAAAGUGAGAGUGAAGGAGACUACAGUGGGAGUGAUCCAGAUGUUAUUAGACACAUUUACUAGGAUAAUUCUGGAAUAUCCCUUAUCUGCUUAUUGUGUUACUAGUGUUUUAGUGAGAUUAUAUGGUCAUACUUGUACAACCUUAAGGUCUGCCCCGCACCUCUCGUCAGUGCCAGUCGACGGCUGGUGGCGAUGCCCAUCUCUGCCCUUUGCAGAGAUGGGCAGACAUGAUCUUUUGAAAUGAUCGCUGCAUAAUACACUGUACUUUGUGUGUGUGGUCCAAUCCAACCGCGUUCACGUGACCGCUCUGUUCCAUAGUAAAUCUUCACCGUCUACAUUCUGGAAUGUAAACAAUGAAACACCGGCUGUGUUUGUGUUGCUAAAGGCGGCCCCAAUACACCGCUUCCCACCUACAGCUUUCUUCUUUGACGUCUCCAUUAUUCAUUGAACAAAUUGCAAAAGAUUCAGCGACACAGAAGUCCAGAAUGUUGUGGAAUUAUGCAAUGAAAACAGACGACUUAUAGCUGGGAACGGUGCUGGAACAAAAAUGUCCACUACAAUGCGUGACAUCACGCGCACGCAUCAAUCCAAUGCAACAUCAUACCGCGACGUUUCAGCAGGAUACUUCGGCGUGAAAUUUAAAAUUACAAUUUAGUAAACUAAAAAGGCCGUAUAGGCAUGUGUUGCAAUGUUAGUAUUUCAUCAAUGAUAUAUAAACUAUCAGACUGCGUGGUCGGCAGUAGUGGGUUUCAGUAGGCCUUUAACAUGUUCCACGUGGUUAUAUGUGCACAAUUGGGAGAAAGUGGAGAGGACAUAUAUCGUUUUUACUGCUAUGAGGCCAUUGGCAGGCAAGUCAUCGAUCGUGACAUUGACACAACUCUAAGUCAAAUGUAUUAUUUGUUGCUAUCGGUGUUGCGCCAAAAACUGAUUCCAUGCCAAACAUGUAUUCCCGCCCCUAAAGCGCAUACUGCUUUCAACCUUCUUCUGUGCACAACUGAUUACAUGUAGGACAAAUACUUAUAGUUGUGUUUAUCAUAAGGAUAUAUGUUUGAAAUGAUUUAGAUACUGUAGAUAGAUAUAUAGUACCGUAAUUUUCGGAUUAUAAGUCACUCCGGCCGAAAAUGCAUAAUAAAGAAGGAAAAAAAACAUAGAUAUGUCACACUGAAGUAUAAGUUGCAUUUUUGGGGGAAACUUCUCGGUUUAAGGCCACAACUUUCUACUAUCCAGGCGAGAGGCAUGAUUUUUUAAUCUACAAUUAACUUUCAUUAACUCACAGCAGCUGUCAAUAUAGCAGCAUAAGAUAGUUCACUCUCUGAGAUGACGGCGCCGCUUAAAGUAAUUUGUGUGUGUUAGCGCUUAUAAUAACAAUACUGCUAAUAUUCAGGUCAUGAGAUGUCAAUGGAGUGUUAUUGGAUGUUUUUACUGUACUUCAAUUAGCUGCAUUGUUAGCCACCUUGUACUUGCCAUGUUUUACAAAUUAGAAUGCAUAGAAAACAAGAAACUUAUAUGCAAAAAAGGUGCAGUUCCACUUUAAUUUAAAAAGGUCAUAUUAUGCAAAACUUUUUUUAUUGCCUGUUUGCACGUUUUUGUGUAUUUAGGAUCUCUUUAAAGGCCUACUGAAAUGAGAUUUUCUUAUUCAAACAGGGAUGGCAGGUCCAUUCUAUGUGUCAUACUUGAUCAUUUCACGAUAUUGCCAUAUUUUUGCUGAAAGGAUUUAGUUGAGAACAUCCACGAUAAAAUUUGCAACUUUUGGUCGCUAAUAAAAAAGCCUUGCCUGUACCGGAAGUAGCAGACGAUGUGCGCGUGACGUCACGGGUUGAAGGGCUCCUCACAUCUGAACAUUGUUUACAAUCAUGGCCACAAGCAGCAAGAGUUAUUCGGACCGAGAAAGUGACGAUUUUCCCUAGUAAUUUGAGCGAGAAUGAAAGAUUCGUGGAUAAGGAAAGAGAGUGAAGCACAAAAAAAACCACGGCAGUGUGAGGGUUUCAGAUGUAAUUAGACACUUUUACUAGGAUAAUUCUGGAAGAUCCCUUAUCUGCUUAUUGUUUUAAUAGUGUUUUAGUGAGAUUGUAAAGACAUACCUGAAAGUCGGAUGGCUGCGGUGAACGCCAGUGUCUCUCAGAGAAGCAGAUGGAGGAGCCAAGAUCACAGCUGCCUUUUUGAGCUGCAGUAGGAGGAGGUAUAAUCCACUGAUGUCUCCGGUAAGAACCGACUUAAUAUCUGAAUUUUCCCAUCCAAAAACUUGCUGGUUGACGUAGAAAACUUGUUCCCUUUACCCGUGUGUUAAAGCUUCACAACAAACAAAGAAACACCGGCUGUGUUUUGGUGUUAAAGGCAGCUGCAAUACACCGCUUUCCACCAACAGCAUUCUUCUUUAUAUUCUCCAUUAUUAAUUGAACAAAUUGCAAAAGAUUCAGCAACACAGAUGUCCAAAAUACUGUGUAAUUAUGCGAUGAAAAGAGACGACGUUUAACCGUAAGUGGUGCUGGGCUAAAAUGUCCCUUCCAAUCCGAGACGUCACAAACACGCAUUAUAAGCGUCAUCAUUCCGCGACGUUUUCAACAAGUGACUCCGCAGGAAAUUUAAAAUUGUAAUUUAGUAAACUAAAAAGGCCGUAUUGGCAUGUGUUACAAUGUUAAUAUUUCAUCAUUGAUAUAUAAACUAUCAGACUGCGUGGUCGGUAGUAGUGGGUUUCAGUAGGCCUUUAAACUCCGAAAACUUGAAAUAUUCAGUCUAAAACAGGGGUGGGCAAACCUCUUGGCUCAGAGGCCACAUCAACUUUUGAAAUGUGACAGAUGAUGCAUUUCAUCUCUGUUGGAACUAAGAAUGGGCUGCUCUUUUAAUCAUGUUUUCAACAAUACACCAUGAAUGAAACACACCAAUUAACACUCACAUUCUCUUGUAGUGAUCAUCCUUUUUUGUCUAGUAUCGGUUUAGUUGUUGACAUUCUCAAAACCCAUCUUUGCUCAAUUCUGUUUUAAUAUUUGGCGGGCCGUAGUAAAGUGACCAAGGGGUCUGUUCUGAAACAAUUGUCUUGUUAUUUUUGCCCCGUCUUAAGACCACGUUUGCGGACAUUACCAUACGUGGUGAAUGUUACAGCGUGUAGAGGAAGUAUUUGUUUAUCAGCCCACUUUAAAGACCAACUACGACACAUUUUCCCACAAACAACUUCAGAUGGCGCAGAGUCUUUGUCUAGAUUUCUUGUAAGAGUGUCAUGACAGUUUUUAAUGAUACGUUAGCGACGUAGCAUAACUAGCUAGUGUUUGUUUACAGAGAUAAACAACAUUCUGGCAGGAAUGUCAUUUUGAAUAGGGAGACAUUAGUACCGUAUUUUUCGGAGUAUAAGUCGCACCUGCCUAAAAUGCAUAAUAAAGAAGGAAAAAAACAUAUAAGUCGCACUGUAGUAUAAGUCGCAUUUUUUGGGGAAAUGUAUUUGAUAAAACUCAACAACAAGAAUAGACAUUUGAAAGGCAAUUUAAAAUAAAUAAAGAAUAGUGAACAACAGGCUGAAUAAGUGUACGUUAUAUGACGCAUAAAUAACCAACUGAGAAGGUGCCUGGUAUGUUAACGUAACAUAUUAUGGUAAUAGUCAUUCAAAUAACUAUAACAUAUAGAACAUGCUAUACGUUUACCAAACAAUCUGUCACUCCUAAUCGCUAAAUCCCAUGAAAUCUUAUACGUCUAGUCUCUUACGUGAAUGAGAUAAAUAAUAUUAUUUGAUAUUUUACGGUAAUGUGUUAAUAAUUUCACACAUAAGUCGCUCCUGAGUAUAAGUCACACCCCCUUAUAGUCCAAAAAAUACGGUAUUAGUAGUAUGGCUCUGGGUCAGAGUGAAUGUGCGAAUAAAUCCUGCGCUUUUGCCAUUUGUAAUAAAAAGCGAAAUAAAUUGUGAAUGUAUCUUUGUUCUUAACGAAAAGUGUACCUCAAAACCUGGUCUUGGUAACUUGUACGUUAAAAAGACCGGCCACUAAACCACUCGUUUUCUAGAAAGCAGCUUGAAAAUGGUCUGUACAAUUUGAAAUUAUUUUAAAAUAAAGUAAAAUGCAUUUAAAUAAAAUAAAAAUAAAAAAUGCUGUAUCAUUUUGACCCAAGUAGACCACAAGGAAAUGUUUUACAUGUAGAUUGAAAUCAUCAUAUGACCGCUGUAAGACUUAAUAACACAAACAUAUUUGAACGUGGUUUGACAGAGUGAAGCAAAACUAAUCGUUUUAAAACUUCAACUGGACUUUAUAAUGACUUUUAAUAUAUAUACUUACAUAAUACUAAAACAAACAAGUGCAAUCAGGACUCACCCAAUAUAAUUCUGCUUAUGACCCCAAUUUGUCCAACUGCACUCCUUACUUACCUCAAUUCUCAAAUGAUCGCCGUAAUGGUAAAAAACUAAUUAAUGAUCAGCAAUGAAAAAGUAUCAGCAGCACAGCUAAUCAGUCGGCAUUAAAGCCACUGCUGGCUUCAUUGCACACAACACAGCAGCAACGUUUUAUAGCGCAUGCAGAGCUAGAUGCUUCUCAAAUGACCAACAUUGAAAUACAGCAGCCUAAUAGGUCUAAGUAUUCAUUAAAACAAAGCAAAGGUUUUACUCAAGUACAUUUAAUACUUUUGGUACACAAAGUAUGAACAGUAACACUGUGUUUGAAUGUUUGAUGGAUUCUUUGGCACAGUUUGAGAAUCACUGCACUCGAUGCUGACAGUUUGAUGCUCAAAAAGCAGCUACUGUCAUUCUAGUGAAGUUCAUAGCUAUACCCGGAGGGUUUCCCACAGCCACAGCUAUUAAAUACCAAUGUUUUUCAACACCUCAGUGGUCGUUUUGUAGACCACACAGCCUGAGACUAAUUGAAUUGAUUAAUUGUACUUAACGACGUGUGCCUUUGUCAUCCAUAGACUAAAUCAAAAUGAAGAUCUGAUCAUAGUUAGCCACUAAAAACGGUGCCUUAAACCUGCGUUUGUACCUUAACGGCUAGCAGAGGGCCGCACGUUGUAGAUACUAAUCAACCCGUAGAUAAAACUUAGAUAGCCGCGCCACACCUGACUUUAAUGAUCUUCAAUUUAGCAUCAUUAGCUUGCUCACAACCUUUGCAACACUUUAUACUGCAUGUGUCCAGGUCACUGCUGUGUGACUCGUGGCCUUUUUCUAGCACCACCUGUUGCUCUGCAUAAAUUAUCCGCAUCCUCGAUAUAAAAUCUUAUAUCCGGUUCAAUAAGACUUCUGCUAGCACGCGCUUUCUUUUCAGAGCGAUAUUAUAAUUAGAAGGAAUGUCUCUCUAUCUCUCAAAAUCGCACGAUUUGAUUCAAUUUAAACUGAUUUUGUCAUGUAUUUAGUGUAAAUAAUAAUAAAACCUUUUCCAAACAGCCUACAAAGCUUGUAUACGUAAGUAGGCGCAGCGAUUACAUAAAAACGUAAUAAAAAAGAAAAAAUAAUUAAGGUAAAAACGAAAUAAAUAACAGGAUUUGGAUGUUAAUCGAUUUUUUCCGAGCACCACUAAUAAUGGUGAUGACUUGAUAGUAGGGGUGUAACGGUAUGUGUAUUUGUAUUGAACCGUUUCGGUACAGGGAUUUCGGUCCCGUUCGGAGGUGUAACGAAUGAGUUUGUAAGCUAAAGUCUUAAAAAGCUGCUCUGCUUUCUGCCUCUGUCUGAGCACCCAGCAUUGUCCCGCCCACACAACCAUCUUAUUGGUUACAUACAUAGCCAAUCAGCUAUGCGUAUUCAGAGCGAUGUAACAGCCAAUCAGCAGAGCCUAUUCAGAACGCAUGUUGUCAAUGCUUCAGCAUCGAGCAGAUAUGUGUUUAGCAGCGGACAUCGUACUCCCCAAAUUAUAAAAAACACUUCCCAGUCACAACUACUACUAGCAUCACUAUGAGCCCGUUGACCUUCUAGAAACUUAAACUGCAGCUCAGCUCGCUCGCAGUUCUGGCUUGAGGUGAAGGCUAAUUAGCUUUUAGCGUAACGUUAGCUCAUGUUGCUGUUUGUGUGAGGGGCAAAGCCCUGUUAUUUCACAUGAACUAACAUGAAGUCUAUGGUGUACAGGGAUGAAUAGUCUCUCCUAUUGCUAUUGUACUAUUGUUUCAGCUAUAGUUAUAUUAUUCAUUAGUAAUGUAGCAGCCUACUUUUGAAUGGCAGGGUCCCUGUGAU